GUAGCUUCAGCUGAUGCCAGUUAACGCCGAACCUUUGAUUGGGUAAUACGAUCGAGACAAACGCUCCAGUUCAAAACUUGGAAAUAUUGUGUGCUUUUGUAAAGUUUUACCAGCUGUGUUUGGUAUCGUUUUGUUUUGUGUCAACAACAAAAAAAUCUAAACAACAAUAUAUGAUAGACAAAGGAUUGUGUCAAAAAGCAAAUUUUGCAUCAACUAUUCAUCUCACUUCAGUAUUUUACCGGUUUGGUAUCAAGUAGGAAUAUUAAAGUUGAUGUACAACAAAGCAUCUAUAGAAGAACAUAAGGUGGCCAUAAAGUGGUAUCCUUGAAGAAAAAAAACGGAAAUACAUACCAGCGACUAUCUUCGGGAUACGGAUGCGUGUUACCGUUGUUGGCUCGAAUAUACACAGUCAGGAUUAAUUUAGAUGAUACAAUUUUAGUGAAAUUAUAUUUAAUUGGAAUCCAGAUAUUUUCGUGUAGUGCUGUUCGCUGUGAGCGCUGGUGAUAGCAUAAAGUGAGGAAGCUCAAAAUAAUUAUGAUGUACGGGCUGUAGACGAAAUCGUUUCGGACUUGGAUUAUCACUUCAGUUUCAAGCAGGCAUCUGUGAGCAGAUUUCCCGACAACCUUGAAAAAUUCAACGUGUGCUCUGAAACUGUUUUUUCCGGUUUUUGGAUGACGAUCACUUUCACUUGCCUCCAAUUCUGCGACGCCAUCUUUUGCUCAAGGAACUUAUUAAAUAAGGUCAAUAAGCGCCUUUUAGCAACAGCAGCACAAAAUGACUCAACAAAUGAAGUUCAGCAUAUUCCUAACCGUUGCCUUUCUCCUUCUUACCAAAUCUCUUGGGGAAAAUACGACAAGAGUAACUGUAUCGACAACACAGAGCUCCUUUGAGACUACGUUGACAACAGCACCACAGUUGCAAUCGACAACGUUGCAACAGCAGCAGCAACAACAACAGCUGCCAAUAUCAACACAAGCAUCCUCCAGCUAUGCAUCAGAAGUGCAAACUUCAACAACCGGAUUGACCUCUACAUCUAGUGCAGCAGCGACGGUGAUGUCGACGCUAUCUACACCAUCGCCUCUAUACAUAUCAAAUUAUUCGACAAUAGCACUAGUUCCAACCUACCCAGCUAUUUCGAUGACUACUAAGCAAGACUCGUUGGACCAAAUUCCGGUGGACGUGGAUAUUGGUCCGGGAGGACCAGAUCAGAAGGAAAGCCUCGGCAUACAGAAGGCAAUUGACUGGUUACGAGACAAACGUCUGCCCGAUUACAGUUGGGGUAAUGAUACACAUAUGGUUAUCCUAGCCAAAGAACUGUCUGGCGCACGUGAUCCAGCUGAAAAUGAUAACCACCUGCAGGAGAUUUCCGAUUUGGAAGACAUGUUGUCAGUGAAACAAAUGGAAGUCGAAGUAUUGACGAUGGUUGAUCGUCAUCAUUCGGUGCCCAAACCAGCAAGUACGGAUAGAAUGGCAAGGUACAUAUUAGCGAUGGGUGCAUUGUGUAAGGAUGCCCGUCACUUCCAUGGACACGACUUGGUUUCAUCUCUUGAACACCACGAACACGAUCAAGGGCAAGAAUACGAGUUCGCUCUGACUGCCUUGGCUAUAUGCAGCUCGGCAACGCAUGUGCGAAAACGACAAAUACGGCGCUUGCUGGAUAUUGCCAGUGGCGAGGUUAACAAUGUCGAUACCAUUGCUAUGGUGUUACUAGCACUGCGAUGUAUUGUAACAGAUCAUCGACACCGACAUUUGCAGCAUUUUGUACGUCGACCCGCACGUGGAUUAGCUAGUCUACAAGGACCUCAGGGCAGUUUUGGUUCUCUACGAAGUACGGCACUUGCUAUGCAAGCUCUUCAGGAUCUCGAGCCGGAUCCAGCAGGAAAAUGGAACAGAACAGCUGCUUCAGAAUGGUUGCUUUCGAAACAACGAACCGACGGUGGUUGGACGGAGGAACCUUUACAGGAUGGCCAGGACGCGACUAUUGGCGUUGGCUUAACAGCUGACAUUAUUCUUGCUUUAGGAUGGAAAGGUUUGGGAGCGGUACGUGCUCUGCAGUGUGAUCACGUGAUACGAGAGUCGAAUGAUAAUGUUUACGAGAAUGGUGAACCAAAGCUCGCUGAUCCGGUUCGAUUGACAUCGUCCGUCGAAGAGGCGGAACCGCGGAAUGUAUCCUAUACCUACACCCUGUGGGUUGGCACUGAUGAAACUGAGGAAUACUCUUUAGAUCUCACGUCGCCCAAAAACACCACUUUUUUCUGGGCCAUGCGACAAGCAGCUAGAAUAGAUCCCAGAUUUGCCUUCGAAGCUCAGGCAUGGCCCAAUGGACAUUACGUGCAUACACUUGCCGGUAUGAAGGAGGAGCCCAAAAGCUAUCACUUCUGGCUGUUAUAUCGAUUACCUGAGAAACCGGAUACGAAAAAUCCACCUGGUAAUCAGCUAAUUGCGCCUUUGGGUGUUGAUGAACUACUCGUCGAGGAUGGCGAGCAUUACCUCUACUGGUAUAAAAAACUUUAAAGCGCUUUAUCAAAGCCCACCCGCAGCAACGCCGCGCUCCUAGAAAGAUUCACGCAAAGGUAUUAAUUUAUCAAGAUAAGCACGAUGCUGGAUUUAUAUACUGCAGACAGAAAGAGUAAACGGAGUUGUUAUGUUGAAGCAAGCUAAGAGCAAGUUGCACGAGUAAACUAGUAGAAAGAAAAAAAAAGCUCACAAGAUAGGACAGACGAACGAAACAAUGGUUUUGGGGAACACAAAGUCGAGAUAAACAUUGACUAUAGAGUGAAUAAAAAUGCGCAUAAAAACCAUCAUUAGCGGAAAGUGUCUGGUAGAAAAUGUAUUUGCAAAUACCUGCUUCCUACCUUUUUAUUAAACAACAAAGCAACAGUAUGCAUUUUAAUAUCAAAUAAGUGACGGCAAACAUUCAAUGGCGUUAAUCGACGAAUGAAGCAAAAACGAUGGUAAUAAUUACCCGCAGCACAGUAGGCGAGACAUAUUAUUAAUCUUUCGCAGAGAUUUUGUUUAUGCCAGCUCCAUUAUUUAGGUAUAUUUUAACAGUGUGAAUUGUAUUUUAAUUCCACGUUAUAACUGCUUUGGUAGAUGUUACCUAAUACGCUAAUUCUAAGCUUCAUCAUGCCAUUUUGCAUUUUCUUUUGUGCCGAUGUUUAUGACACAAAGAUAUUUAUUCAUAAAGUUACUCAGCAUUGUUAUCAAACAAACAAAAAAUAAAGUUAAAAUUGCUCAAAAUAUUUUUGUAUAUUUGUAAAUCUGGAAUUUGUUAUUCAUUAAGCAACGUAUCCCAAUAACAGUUAAGUCAUCUUCUUGAAGAUUAUAGAAUCUAUUGCGAUUUGCAUGGUAAUGAUAUAAUUGUGAUUAAAACGCAGUAUAACUUUAAGUUAAUUACAAACAUCAGGUAUGGGUAAACAUUUAAUCAUACCUUAUAAUUUAAUUAUAUGUUAAUACGAACCAACUUCUAAUAUCGAUCAAAUAAUGGUUGAAAUUUUUGAAAAUGUAGGAGCAGAAUUUCACGUUUGAGAAAAUAAUACGAACUGUUAGUUAAAAUAUGCUAUAAUAUUACUUAAAAAUCGUGAUUGUUUACUAAGGUUACUCGACCUGAACAAAAUUUUGAGGAAUCAAGCAAAUAUCAAAAAAUCAAUCAUUUUUAAAAAUGUCUUAUAAAUUAAAGCUUGAAAGUUGCUCCAUACUCAGUUUAGAAUUUUAACCAAAAUGCUUUGAAAAUCGUAAGUAUUUACUGGUUUUUCAAUUAUUUGUGUUCCCAAAGUCAAUCAUGACAAAAACACGUUGAAGCAUACUUUGCACAACAUGUUGAAAUAUACACAUAGAUAAAUUUCAAAAAUAAAAAGCCUUGGUAUGACAUUCUUGUACUCAAGCAUGAAACAUUAGUGAAGCGGCGUAAAUAAUGAAGAGAGUCGUUUUCUGCUUUUGAUAAAAUGACGCUGAAUACUUCUGUUGCUAAAACUUAUGUACCAUGCAAAUCUGCAAUCCUAAAACAAAGAUGAGCAGUAAUACAAAUUCAGAUACAGUCAUAAUGUGAUCAAGAGAAUAUUUAUUUGUAAGCAUCAAUAUAGACAAUAAUUUUGCAUUGUAAAAUAGCAAAAGAAAGCAUUGAACAAGUAAUCCAUCACAGUGAAUAUAUUAAAUCAGAUUGCUAUCGAAAGCACAUCCGCAUAAAUAUCUGCUAUUCACUUACAGUUUGCGUAAGCUCUUAGGUAAUGAAUACUUCCACGCAAAUGGUGUUAUUCUUUUGAGUAGCCAUGUGACAAGUAAAGGAUUCAAAGCAAUUUUAGCAUUGAAACUUAUGAAUAAGAAUGAAAAUGUGCUUGAAAGUCUUGGCUUUGUGUCUAUUGAUAAAAAGGUAAAGUCGAACCAUUCAACUCUUAUAUCAUCAUCUUAGUGGACAAACCAAACUGAAUUUAUGCAUAACACUCGUAAACUAUCUGAGCAAUCGGAAUUAUAUGACGUUUGUGAACAGGAUAGGGCUUUUCGUGAACCACGUGGUCAUUAGGAGGGUUUGAAUGGGAGAGGGGGUGGAGGUGGAAGACCACGUGGGGUGGUUAAGAGGAGGGUGGGAGAGUUCAGAGUACCAUGUGGCCUUUAUUUUUUGCUUCAGUGUUGCCCUCAAAUACCAUGCUAAAACUAUGGACAAUGUUUGAUUUAUUGUUAGAAAAGUGUGAUGACACAAGUUGAGGAGUGCUGAAGUUUUCGCGAUUUGUCCUUGAUUAGCUAAUGUAGAGGAAAUUUUUUAAUCGAUAAAGUUUAUCAGAACGAUGGUAACAGAAAAAAAAAACAAAUGAAAAGGGGAGUGCAUCUUAAUUUGUGACGUUUUCCUUGACUUUAUGCUUCAGUACCCAAUAACUGGGUUUGAAAGAAUUUAUUUGGAAUAUCAGUUUUUUCAGUGUUUAUUAUUCUAAAAGGAUAUUCUACAGUAGCUUUCUUAACCAUGAGGUAGUAAGUUAACAUAAAUUUGUUACAAAAUUCACACGGAUCAAAUUUGUCACAGAAAUAUUAUCUUUUGAUCUUAAUCAAUCAAUCAAUUCCAUUCAGUAUUCCGAAUAAUUGAUCAAAAUAUGCCCACGUGGUUUAGGAACGGCCUCGUACUUGUAAUUCCAGUUUUUCGUACUUUUAUAGAUUUCUUCGUUUAUCAGUAAUCCUGACAUAAAUCCUUAAACUGCUGAAUUCAUCCACACAUAUUAGUUUUACAAUUGCAUGUUCUUAUUGAUAAGCGAACUUCAAUAAUAAUUUAGCUUGCUUGUAUACAGUAUGAGAUAUUCAUUAUACUAUCUACUAGAUACUAACGCAACAAACAUUACAUGAGGAUCAAGCAAAUAGCUAACAAAAGUAUUCUUUGAAUCUGCAAAAUUAUUGAUUCGACAGUGCGGACACAUAAUAGUAGUAACGAUACCACAAAAAUAUUUAACAGAUGAAUUGAAUUAUUCAUAUGACGAUUAUAUACAAAAUGUCAAACUAUAUAAACAAUAAUAGCUUAGAAUAUCGGAAUAAAAAGAAAACAAGAUAUUAGUCAAAA